AUGCUGCUGCACCACCUCAUCAUGCUGCACGAGGCGCGCGAACGCCAGAUCGCCGACGGCGACGUGGUCGACGCGGUGGAGCGGAUAAAGGCGGUGAGUGGCGGCGGCGGCACGGACGUGCACCCGUCUCACUAUGAGCACGUGCUCACCAGGCGCGAGUGCGGUAUCGCUGCAACGCGGCUGCGGGAGCUGCUGCAAGUCGCGCGAUCGUACGAGUCCGCAGACAGGCCGCUGGGGGGCGGUGAUCCGAGAGGAAGUGAGCGCCUGGCAACAUCUACUGCUGCUGCUGCUGCUGCUGCUGCUGCUUCUUCUACGACUAGUACUAGUGCUACUACUACUACUACUACUGGUGUUUCUAGCGAUAGGGAUAACAAACCCUCGUCGUGA